AUGGCGGAGGAAGCAUGGCUCCCAUACUUCAGGGACAUACUCACACGGCUGAACAGGCACUUCCAAAAGUUCUGGCAGCGACUUGAACGUGCACUCUGUCCACCUGCACCACCACAGCUGUGGACGAGCGGUCCUACCAUCCCACCAGCGAACACCUACUGCUUACCGCGGAGACCACCUCCCAAGCUUACAGCACCGACAGUGGGAAAAAUUCCUAUGUGGCGGCGGCCCCAGUGGCGCUCCCCACUCAGACAUAAAGCAACGACACGGAAGCAACCCAGAGGAACCUGCACGGGGUCACAGCCGCAAAAGCCGCUUGGGACGAACCAGGCGGCCACGAAAGGCACAGGGCUCCCCCUCAGGCUGGACACUGACAAUGCCACGGAGAAACCGGCAGACACCACCUGGAGCAGUAAUGAUCCGUGA